UCUCCCUCUUUAUUUUUAUCUCUUUGCCCUUGGGUGCAGCCUGGCCCUACGAUUACAGGCACCUGUAUACCCACUGUCCAGGCCCGGAGUGGAGCGUUAUGUGCCGAGGCUGCUGCGAGUAUGACUUGAUCCGCUGUAAAUGUCCACUACAGCGGACCACGGUGGGUUACGCUGUGCCCUGCUGCCGCAAUGCCAUCAAUGAGUGUGACCCCUGCAUCAUCCAUCCAGGUUGCAGUAUUUUUGAGAACUGUAAGCGUUGUAACAAUGGAACAUGGGCACCCCAGGAUGACUUCUUUAUUAAUGGCAAAUACUGUGCUGAGUGUCGUCCCGGCUGGUCUGGUGGAGACUGCAGGAAGUGUGGGGGAGUGAUCCAUAAACGACAGGGCCACUUGGUUCUCGAGAGCUACCCCAACAACGCCAGGUGUGAGUGGACGAUACAGGUGGACAGGACAUUUACUAUUGAACUCAGGUUUAUGAUGCUAAGUCUGGAAUUUCAUCCUUCCUGUCGCUAUGACUACGUCGAGGUCCGAGAUGGAGACAGCAUCAAUGCUCGUGUCAUCGGUAGAUUCUGUGGGAACAGCCGGCCAGCUCCACUUCAGAGCUCUAGCAACAGUUUGCACAUUACGUUUGUGUCUGAUGGGUACAAGAACUUUGAUGGGUUCUUCGCUACUUUCCAGGAAAGCUCAGCAUGCAGUUCCUCUCCUUGCCUGCACGACGGGACUUGUAUCUUGGACAGUUCUUACACUUAUCACUGCGCCUGUCUGGCUGGCUACACAGGCAAGAGGUGUGAAAAUGUGGUGGGUUGCCGCAGGCCUCCAGUGCCCACACAUGGUUCUACAGAGGGUCUGUUUCAUCACUCUGGUGCCCGCAUCAAGUAUCGUUGCGACCCUGGGUUUGAGCUGCAGGGGUUUCGUACUGCCAUCUGCCUGAGUGAUGGCACCUGGAGUGCUCCUGCUCCAGAGUGUGUGCCAGUGGAAAGAGUCUGCACUCUGCCAUCCAAACCUAGAAACGGUAACCACUUUUUAGUUUAUGGACCCAACGAUGUCCUCAUUGCUCUUCAGUAUUUGUGCCACCAGCCCUAUGAACUUGUUGGGAGUUCACAGAGAACCUGCCUUCCUAACAAUACAUGGAGCGGGGCACCUCCUGUUUGCACUAAAGUGAACAACACACUAACUGAAGCUGAGAAAAAGACGGAAAAGGGCAAAAACAUGGACAUUGAUAAAAAGCUCACCAAAACUAAAGAGAGACAACAAAAUACAACAGCAAGCAAAACGGUUGGUGGGAAAGAUAUAAACUCUGGUCUGGAGAUUACAACACCAGUCUACGUGGAAGAUAAAUAUGGUCUAACCACUCCAGAAAAUGCUGUGGAUAAAGGCAGGGAUGAAGGAGACUUGGAGGAGAGAAAUACAGGGUCAAAAGAGCCCGGUGAGGGCAGGAAAAAUGAAGUGGAUAAUGUAGACCCAGAUGACAAUCUGAACAGAGUUGAAGAGAAAGAACCAGAAGCAACAAAAUCGCCUGAGGAAAAAGAAAGUGACUCAGACUUUAACCUGGAGAAAGAGAAGACAAACACCACAGUGCCAGUGGUUAGAAAAGACAAAGGACAAGAGGAGAAGGAAAGAAAAGAGGAGCAAAUCAACGGAAAAAGAGAUCCAGACAAAUUUGGUCCAAAUGAAACCAAGCUGAAGACAGCUGUACCAGAGGGUAGCAACACUGUAGAUAUAUCUGAACUGGAAAGGACAAAGAACAACACAGCUACACCGGAUUCAAAGGAUACAAAUAAAGAAAACAAUACUAUCGAAACUUCAGUGACAGGGAGGAAAAUCUUUCCCACUCGAGUCAAUGUGACACAAUUCACCUUGUACAGAGCAGAGGAUGAACCUGUGAAGUCAAAGGAGAAAUUGAUGAAUAAAAAAGUCGAGACUGGAGGAGAUUCCUUGGAGAACACGGCAGAGAUGGAAACAAAGAAGGAGCAGGAAGAAAAAAAGAAGGAGAAAGAAAUUAACCAAAGUUUCAUUGAAAGGAAGUGUCCACCUCUGCCUCGCCUGCACAACGGCUACCAGCUGGUGGUGCCAGGGAUGGAGUCAGAGACAGUGGAGUUCAUGUGCAACCACUCGUAUGCACUAAGUGGAGAUAAGAGACGUACCUGUCAGCCAGGAGGGACCUGGGGUGGCAAACAACCCAUCUGUGUCAGAGCAUGCCGAGAACCUAAAGUAUCAGAGCUGGUCAAACAAACUGCCCUGCCUCCUCGGGCACCAUUCAGGAAGACACCUUUGCACAAGCUCUUCUCCUCUGCAGCUGGCCAGCAGCUUUGGUCUGAGGUGCCCACCAGAAGCCCUCCAGAGCUGCCCCCGUUGCCUCAGGGCUUCCAUCACCUUUACACACAUAUAGAGUAUGAGUGUGCAUCUCAGUUUUACCGUCACUUUGGCAGUCCUCGUCGCACUUGCUUGCAGACAGGGAAGUGGAGUGGGCGCCAUGUCUCCUGUUCACCAGUGUGUGGGAAGCAUGUAACCUUCGACCCAGAGAGGCUGGACGAGGCUCACUGGCCCUGGCUGGCAGCCAUUUACCGCCACUCCAACAAGGGCACUGAAAUGAAGGUGUCCAAGGCAAACAGCCAGGCAGGGUCUCUGAAGAAGAACGAAGGGACCAAAAGUGACAUCCUAAAUCAGGCUUCUGACUGGCAGCUGGUCUGCAGUGGGGCUCUGGUUAACCAAAAGAGUGUUGUGGUUGCAGCUCACUGUGUGACAGAACUAGACAAGGUGUAUCCUGUGGAUACAGCCACGAUAAAGGUGGUGGUGGGGAAGCACUAUCGCGAUGACCACAGAGAAAAGAAAGGUCCUCAGCACCUGAGGGUGACCUCUAUUUCUGUGCAUCCAAACUAUGACCCCAAUAUUCUUGACUCUGACAUCGCUGUGAUCAAGUUACACGACAAGGCAAGAGUUGGAGAUAAAGUCCUGCCACUCUGUUUGCCAGAGAGUCAAGAAGAAGAUACAUCUGGUCAUGGACUUGUGACAGGCUGGUCUCCACUGCCUGAUUCCAGUUUAGGUACUGAUGAAAAAGCAAGGGUUGGGCUGGUCCACCUUGCUGAUAUCGUCCCGUGUGAGCAGCAAUAUGCUCGUAAUGGUGUGCCAGUCAGUGUUACAGACAAUAUGCUUUGUGCAAGCCAAAAGCCCAAUUACAAACCAUCUAACAUUUGUCCCUCUGACACCGGGGGGAUCCUUGUCCUCCCUGCCCUCUCUGAGAAUCAGGUCAGCUAUAAUUCAAAGCCCUCUCACAUUCAUGGAAACAACAAAGGCUUGUGGAGACUCCUGGGCUUGGUGAGCUUUGGCUAUGACCAAGGGGACUGUGAUCCUGAACUCUACACAGUUUACACACAUGUAGCAAAUUUCAUAGACUGGAUUCAGAGUACUAUGAAAUAA